UCCAGCAUCCAGCUUUCAGCUUUCAGCAGUUCUACAAAACCCCAAACAGAAUGGCACAAAAGGUGAUCCUUGUAUUGAGCGCCCUGCUGGCCGCUGCCAUGGCCGUUGUGGUGCCGGGUCCUGGCCUCGGCUACCCAUCGUACCCAGCGUAUCCUUCGCUGGGCGGACCGGCACUGCUGCCCAAGCUGGCGGCACCAGUGUACCCCACCCUGGCCAAGGUGGGCAUUGCCAAAGUGGCUGCCCCGGAGCCAUACGAUCCCAAUCCCCAGUACAGCUUCAGCUACGAUGUUCAUGAUCAAUCUACUGGGGAUGUGAAGAGCCAGCAGGAGUCACGCAGCGGCGAUGUGGUCCAGGGCGCCUACUCGCUCAUCGAGGCCGACGGCACCCGUCGCAUUGUGGAGUACACCGCUGAUCCCGUUCACGGAUUCAAUGCCGUUGUCCGUCGCGAGGGCGCCGUGGUGAAGGCUGUGGCUCCCGUGGCCAAGAUCCUGGCACCGGCACCGCUCCUGCAUGCCGCUCCCCUGGUGGCCAAGUUGCCCGCCUACGGUCCAGCUCUGGCCCCCGCUUACGGUCAUGCUCUGGCUCCCGCCUACGGACAUGCAUUGGCUCCCGCUCAUGGCUUGGGUCUGGGUCCUCUGGGUCCUUUGGGUCCUGCCUAUGGCCCAGCACUGCCUGGUCUGUCGCCCCUGGGCUAUCACUAAGUCAUCGACCCCCUUGCCGACCCCCAGCCGAACCACCAAAACGGACACAUCGCGACAAACUUCUCCUCCACGUGGCCCCCCUGGGGUCACGGCCCGAUCGUAGUCGAUAGUUGUAGUAUUAGUUGAAAUGAAAGCGAUUUAUCGGAAUAUGUACAUACGAAUUCACCGUCGCACGGAUCAGGAUUCCGGACUCCAGAUUCCAGAUACCAGAUACCAGAUUCCGGUUUCGGAUCCGGCGUCCCCUCAUCUACACUCACACAUUCUCGAGACCUUUCAUUUAUGUUUCUUGUCUUCUUAAUCUUAAGGCUGUUUGACCGCGAUAAAAACACUCUAUAAACCCCCAAAACAUUCAAUCAAUAUUCUUAUAGAACUUUCCGAACGAGAAUCGAGAUCAGAUUGCAAUAAAUCGAACCGAAACUAUGCAAAUGGAAAGCCAAAAAGGA